AUGCCUAGAGAGAUUUCCCGGUCGCCUCCGCCCUUCCGCCGGCGAGGCUCCCCUCCUCCGCGGCGAAAAACUCGGUCUCCUUCUCCACUGUGGGAUAGGAGCAACUCACCAAGUCCAAGAAGGCAUAGAAGCCCACCAUCUCCAAGGAGACACAAAAGACAGAGAAGUCGGAGCACGACAAGUUCAUUAGAAAAUAACUCAGGUAGUCCAAGUCAUGUAUCAGAGAAAAUAAACCCCACUGUAAAACAAAGGAUGGAAGAAGAAAAGAAAAGGCGUCAAAAGGAAGCUGAAUUUAAGUUACUGGAAGAGGAGCUUGCUAGAAGAGUCGAAGAAGCUAUAAGAAAAAAUGUCGAGGAACGUCUGAACUCUGAGGAGGUGAAACUUGACAUUGAACGCCGAAUUGAGGAGGGUAUUAGAAAGUUAUUUGAUGAGGUUGACUCUCAGCUACAAAAAGAGAAAGAAGCGGCUCUUCAUGAAGCCAGGCAGAAAGCAGAACAAGAAAGAAGAGAGAGGGAGGAGUUGGAUAGAAUGCUUGAAGAGAACAAACGUAAAGUGGAGGAAGCUCAAAGAAAAGUAGCUCUUGAGCAGGAGCAGAAAGAGCUGGAACGGUAUUUGGAGCUGGAAAGGAUACAAAAGCAAAGAGAGGAAGCGUUACGCAGAAAGAAAAUGGAGGAGGAAGAAGAAAGAGCUAAUAAGCUGAGAUUGCUGGGGAAAAACCGGGGUUGA